AUGGCGGAUCUAUUUGGUAACAACAACGAUAAUUUUGACCUAGGCUCUUCGUCCAGUGGUAGUUCGGCUGAUAAACUAAAAAUUGAAGAAGUGCAAAAAGUGAUUAUGAUGGAACAACAGAAAGCUCAAUUAAACGCUCAAAUACAAGAAAUCAGUGAGAUAUGCUGGGAAAAGUGUGUUGACAAACCGUCUGCAAAAUUGGGAGGAAAAACUGAAGUAUGUCUUACGAAUUGUGUUAAAAGAUUUUUCGAUACUUCAGUCGUCAUCGCUCAUAGAUUCAAUCAAUUGCUCCAGAGGUCCAAUACUGGUUAGCCGAAAACCUAGUGAUUCGUUUUUUAAUUUAUAUUCUUUAUAUACAUAUAUAUGAAUUUUGUAGUAAUUGGACUAGGUCUUGUUAUAAACUUUAUAAACUGAUCAAUGUUCCAAAAUUAAUAAUAAAAAGAUAUUUUAAUAAAAAACAA